AUGUUCACUGCCAAGAUUAAGACAGCCCUUGACACACUGAUGAACCGAAGACAUGAAGCAGGAAUAGAUGACAGCAAUGCGUACCUGUUCAGUAAUCAGCGAGGACUGGGACACAUAAGGGGAACUGACACACUUCGAGAACAUGCUUCAAAGUGCAAAGCUAAGAAUCCUGAGUUCCUUCGUGCAACGAGACUUCGCAAACACAUUGCUACAGUAUCACAAGUAAUGAAUCUUCAGGAAAACGAGCUCGACCUGCUGGCGAGCUUCUUAGGUCAUGAUGUCAGAACCCAUCGUGAGUUCUACCGCAUGCCAGAGUCAACACUUCAAGUUGCCAAACUGUCAAAGGUCCUUCUCAAGAUGGACAAAGGUGAUGUGCAGGGACUAGCUGGAAAAAGACUGAAGGAUGUUGAACUGGACCCUAGUGAAGAAUACGAUACAGAUGCGAUGUCGGAAUCGUCAGGUGAUGAGAGAGAUGAUGAGCCUGAGGAACCCAUGAGUCUGAAUGAGGAAGCAAAAGAUGCAGAUGGGACAAAGCUUGUUGUACAGCAGCAAACAAAGAGGCUAUGGACUUGUGCUGAAAAAAAGCAGUUUUGA